GCAGGCGGAUGUUGACAGGCCUGUUGCUGGGCUCGUGCUGUGGCUGCUGCUAUCACGUUUCAGUAGUCUCCACAGCUUGCUAGAACUUUCCUGUCACUCUGGAAACACUGCCCAUACCCACAACAACCCUCAAUGGCAACCGAACGCACUUUCCCCGAUAGCUUCAUUGACGAAGAUCCACAGAAAGCUCUGGAGGCACUAAAUGAGGCCUUGCAAGGAGACUCCGACAACGCUGAGUGGUUGUGCCAGCGUGCCUAUGCCCACACAAUUCUUAAAAACUACAGCUGUGCUGUUGAUGAUGCCAAAAAAGCGCUGCAGCUACAACCCAGCCUUCCCCUUGCUUUCAUGCGAACAGGAAUAGCAGAGUACCACCUUAACCACUAUGAGUCAGCGCAUGCUGCGUUCACUCAGGGACAUCAACUGGAUGUUACUGACAAAUCCUUUGAGGUCUGGAUAAAGCGGUGUGAGGAGGUGAUGGGAGAGCAGAGAGAGAUCGGCAGCAGCAACAGGACACCAGCAGCUCCGCCUGUGAAGCAUGACUGGUACCAAACAGAAUCUCAAGUCAUCAUCACAGUCAUGGCAAAAAAUGUACCCAAAGAUGGUGUGUGUGUCAACUUUAUGGAAAAAGAGGUCUCUGCUACAAUACAGCUGGCAUCAGGGGACAACUUCAACCUCCACCUCCACCUCCUGCACCCCAUCGUCCCCCAACAGAGCAACUUCAAGAUCCUCACCACCAAGGUGGAGUUCAAGAUGAAGAAGACAGAUGCCAUCAGAUGGGAGAAGCUGGAGGGCGAGGGACAGGAGUCCAACAUCAAACACUUCAAUCCCAAUCAGUACCCGACAUCGUCCCACUUCUCCCGCAAAUGGGACAAGAUGGUGGUGGACCUCAACGAGGAGGAAAAAAAUGAGAAUCUGGAGGGAGAUGCAGCGCUCAACAAGCUCUUCCAGCAGAUCUACUGCGAUGGCUCAGAUGAAGUCAAGCGAGCCAUGAACAAGUCUUUUAUGGAGUCAGGUGGUACAGUCCUGAGCACCAACUGGAAAGAUGUGGGCAAGAGAAAAGUGGAGAUGAGCCCACCGGAAGAUGUAGAGUUCAAGAAGUUCUGAGCACCUCCCUCCCUCUCUCUCUUUCUCUCUCUCUCUCUCUCUGUUUGACGUCAUCUUUCUUCACAUUUGUCCAUCUGAAGUCCAGCAGGAGUCCUCGCCUCUCUACAGCCUCAGCAGCGGUCCACAUCCUUCUCCUCCCGACCCCUCAGUGUUGCUGUUGCUCUGGUCUUCUCACUAAGUGCAGGGAGCCUCUGCGUUCCCACUCAUGGCCUACUCUCUGCUAUAACAUAGGACCAGACGGGGUCAGUUUAUUCGAAUAAUCUGUUGAACGGAUUGAGAAUCAGAUUUUUAAAGGCUCGUGGAUUCAAAAGGGAUUCAGAUUUGACUGAUGGACCGGAAAUCCUCCAAUUUAUCUCUCACAUGUGGUUUUUAGAAACUUCUCUCCUCUGCCUCUCCCGGUUUUUCUCAAAACGCCUGCAGCCUUUCUAUGUGGGAGCCUUUUGUGACUUCCUGUUAUCAGCUCUUGUAUAAUAAUGUAAAGUUGUUGAAGAUGAGAACCGACUGAGAUGUUUAAAUAACAGCUAUGAUUGCAUUUUGCUUGUUUCAUGCAGUUUUUCUGUACACCCGGUAAAAAGUCAACAGCAAUACUCGGGAAUCUGUGUGGCAUGUGAGCCAGUGGCGUAGCACCAUGUUGCUCCCUCAGUGUGAUUCAAGCUUCGGUGUAAAUAAAAGAUUUGUUGUUUGGCUCACAAACUUUA